ACUUUAGUUCAAAGAGUAGUUUAGUUGUCAAAAUGCGCAAGAGCGGAGUGGUCGUGUUAUUUGUGUUUUGUUUUAUUGUCACGGUACAAUGUUCUUUACGAAAAGAUGCAGACUACUGGACUAAACUAGCCACAAAAGAACUAGACGAGGCUCUAAGAGUCAAAUGGAACGUAGGUCGGGCGAAGAAUGUAAUUCUUUUCAUCGGAGACGGCAUGGGACCCAACACCGUGACAGCCACUAGGAUUUACAAGGGAGGGGAAAGCCAUAAGCUGUCAUAUGAGAUGUUCCCACACGUAGGACUGUUAAAGACAUAUUCAGCAGACAAAAUGGUCCCAGACUCUUCCAGCACAGCGACUGCGUUGCUUUGCGGAGUCAAGGUCAACCAGUACACCGUGGGGGUGGACUCCACCGUGAAGCACAAGGACUGUGAUGCGUCUCUCAAUCCUAACGCCCAUUUGGACUCCUUGGCCGCUUGGGCUUUGAGAGCUGGAAAGAGCACAGGUUUCGUGACCACAAUGCGUGUAACCCACGCCACACCAGGCCCAAUGUACGCCCACAGUGCAGCCCGAAUAUGGGAGUGCGAUCGAGACUUGCCCACCGGGGCCGAGAGAUGUAAAGACAUCGCUAGACAACUUGUUGAGGACUGGCCUGGGAGAGAUCUCAACGUCAUCAUGGGCGGCGGCAGACAGGGUCUGAUGACCAAUGCUACGGUCACCCCCUCCGACCCGACCAGCCCCUGGUCGUGCUCCAGGCAAGACGGUAGAAACCUCAUUGAAGAGUACAAGAAAGAUAAAAAGAGUCGAAGACUGAAGUACAGCGUGGUGUCCAAUAAUAGAGAAUUGAGAGAGUUUAAUGUUAAUGACACUGAUUAUCUUCUUGGUAUAUUCUCUAACGAACACUUAAAAUAUGAGAGCGAGAGGAACAAGGGACCAGAUGGCAUGCCAUCCAUCAGCGACAUGGUGGAAGCGGCGCUUCAUGUGCUCAAGAGGAACUCCAACGGGUUCUUCCUAAUGGUAGAAGGCGGAAACAUAGACAUGGCCCACCACCGAGGUCGUGCCAAGGUUGCGAUCAACGAAUCCUCAGCUAUGGACGAUGCAGUCAAGUUAGCUCUCGGUAUGACGGACGAGGAAGACACGCUCAUCGUGGUGACAAGUGAUCAUGCGCAUUCGUUACAAAUCAACGGUUAUCCUGAAAGAGGAAUGAAUAUUUUUGGAACAACUGGUCCAUCUCGAGCUGAUGGUUUAAACUACACAAUACUCUCCUACGGAACCGGAGGUCCGGGCUCCUUCCAGUACAGCGUGGAAACUAACCAGAACGGCAGCCGCGUGGUCAGGCAGGACCCCAGCACGGUGGACACUGACAGCUUCAAGUAUGAGCAGAUUGCGGCCAUACCGCUUGAGGAAAACAUUCAUGGGGGAAGCGACGUAACGGUAUAUGCUAGAGGUCCCUUCGCCCAUUUAUUCCACAACGUCCACGAGCAGAACUACGUGUUCCACGUGAUCUCGUACGCCGCCAAAAUGGGACCUUACUCCGCUGGACGCUCCCAUGCCGUUGACAACAAUACCAACGUUUGCUUAUGACUAGUCGUAAGCGUAGCCGCAUAUUGGCUACUAUCGCAUGACCAUGGAAUAGAAUAUUUUUUUUUUUUUCUUUAAAUCAGAGGAGGAAAAUCGCUACUUUUUUUUUACACCUUUGAGAACAAAAUUGCGAAAAGUAGGCGUGCCCGAGAUCGAAUCCUGGACCCCCCGAAUAAGAAGUCAAUGGUUUAACCACUUGACUCUUACUGCUUUUGGCGCUAUGUACUGGCUUUACUCUGAUUAGCCAAUGUCAAGUUUGUGAUAUUUUCAAGUUAUUGAUUUUAUACAAGUAUGGACUCCGUCUGCGCCGGCGCCCGCCGACAUACGCGCGGCGCCCCUUU